CGAUAAACUAUAAUAAUAACCACCAAGAAGUGCCAAACCCUUCUCUUCCGCCACCGUCUCCAUUUGCGAACACAGCGAGCAAGCCUCACCUGAUCGUCGUUCUUGAUCUGCUAUUUCCCUAAGAGAUUCAAUUGAUUGUUCGUUCGAGUAAAUUAGGAAAAUAUGGGAGGAGGAGGAGAGCAUGGACAUGGGCAUGGAGCUGAGGAUUUCAGGACGAAGGUGUGGAGCAUGUCGGGAGGCCCAUACUGCCGGCCCAAGCACUGGCGUCGCAAUACUGCCAUUGCCAUGUUCGGCGUUUUCCUCAUUUGCAUCCCCAUCGCCAUGAAAUCCGCCGAGCUCGAGCAACGGCCUCAUCAGCCUGUUCGUCCAAUUCCUUCACAGCUCUGGUGCAAGAACUUUGGAAACAAAGAGUAUUAAGUCUGCGCAGGACUGUCGAUGGAGUACGGAUGGCGGUUCAAACCAUCCUAUGGCUAGCAGUUUAGCGACCAUGCAAUUGUUCAUUGCCAUGGAUUUGGUCAAUAAGUUGCGACUCUUUGACUGGUUUAGCUUUCUAUAUGAUCAAUAAGUUGUGACUGUUGCUUGCACCGUCAUCUUGACAAAUCUUCAAACUUGCUUUAUAAGUUCAAUAUUUUUGUCAUGGGAGAGAUAAAUUGGGAGAUAUUUGUACGUCUUCAUUGUUCCCUGGUGAGGAGUAUAUGAUUGAUGUUUGACAAGACUGUUUUACUAAUACAUGGAAUUACCAUAUGCUCUAAA